AUGAAGAGAGAUCCUGGCCCACAUAUGCAACAAAUGUCAGUUUCUAGGCUUGCUAAGAGGAGAUUUAAGUAUAUUGAACCAAUAAGAAAGAAAGCAGAAAGGGAAAAUUUGAGAGUUAUUGAAUACAAACAGUGCAAGAAAUUUAUGAUGCUGUUCUUCUUGGUGGUGGAGGUGAAUACAUUGAUGGAACGAGGGCCCCUAAAGUGUCAUAAUCACUCUUCCAAGAUCCUUGCAUGGCCAUGGUGGCCAGUAGAAAACAACACCAGAUUCAAAGCCAUUACUGAGCAGUCUGGGCUGUCACAGUUAGCCCGUUGCACUUAUUGGUUCGUCAACAAGUUUUUAAUCUCCAGUUUUGUUGAGAGAUGGCAACCUGAGACGAACACAUUUCACAUGAUAGUUGGUGAGAUGACCUUGACCCUGGAUGAUGUUGGCACUAUUCUUGGCCUUCCCAUUGUAGGCAAAUCAGUUAGCGUACCAGAUGUGACAGAUCAUCAUGGAGUUACAUUACUCGUUUAUGGCUUGGGGAUUACUGAACGUGUAGCACAUGAAGAGGUUUCUUCUGUUGGGGGCAAUUCAGUCAAGCUUGAAUGGUUGCAAAGUCAGUUUGCUGGUGUCACAGAUUCAAACCCCGAGGAGGCUAUACAGUGCGCUGCAAGAGCUUAUUUGUUGUUUCUGUUGAGAUGUACACUCUUCAGUGACAAGAGUGGCGGCAGGGUUCCCGUUGUUUACCUCGGCUUGUUGAUGGAUUUGGGCUCCAUACAUACUUAUGCCUGGGGUGCUGCUGCAUUAGCAUUUUUAUAUAGACAGUUGGGGUAUGUUAGCCAAUUCGGUGUUAAGCAGAUGGGUAGUUAUAUGUCUUUUUUGGAGGCGUGGAUUUAUGAGCACUUCCGAGCAUUCCGACCUCUCCAGAACAUUGGCUACAAUGAAAACAUGUCACACGUGCACCAGUGGACAUCUAGGAAAGAGGCGGGUUCCUCCAUUGAUCAUUUCAAAUCUUUUCAAGCGGAGCUUGACAGUUUGGUAGCAACUGAUGUUAUUUAG